UUUCUUACUGCUCAAUGAAAUCAUGUAACACUAUAAUGAUAUAGUGUUAGCUUAAAGCGAGUUUCAAGAGUUUAGAUCUCACUUACCUAAGCUGAAAAUGAGGACAACAAGCUACCUGCUGGCCCAAUUUCUCUCAAUAAUACAACUUCUAGCUCAAGAAUCUCCCAAUAAUAUCAUAGAUUCUCUAGAGAGUCAUUUUCUCAUCUUUCAUAUCACCUAAAUUAGCUCCUACAUCAACAUGUUCGUUGUUCUCCUAAUCAUCAUAGAUUCCAUUCACAUCACUAUCAUUGCUACACCAAUACCUACAUCAUUGUGAGACCCUGCCACAAUCUCUAACAAGCUUUAUGUUGCAAUUACCUUUGGAUAAGUCUCCCACACAACUUUUGACAAUAACCAAGGUAUCUUAUUUUUGCACUGCAAUCACAUAACUUAAUCAUUACAAUCAAUAUUAUUUGUUUACUCAAAUCAUUAUUUUGUUUACUUAAUAAAUUAAUAUAUACUUUGGCUUCAUAUGAAAAACAAUAAUAGAUCCAUCCAAACGAAGCUUUUAUUAAACAAAUUAUGUAAUGCAAAUCAUUGCACCAUCCGGACGCAAAAAGCUCUACUAUACACCUUCCUGUCGAGCUCAUCAGUUUGGCCCAUCGCCCAUCCGCUGUCUUUGUCGUCCAGCUGAGCUCUUGAGCUUGAUCCAAGCCGCCCAUGUGCUUAACUUGAAACUAUAAUAAAUUUUUCAUCUUCUGCACUCAAUCGAUUCAUUUAUAACAAACAAACUUUUGUAUAAAUUUAAAUAUAAAAUCAUAGUUAAACAGUUGCCUUAUCAUCACUCUUUAAAAUCCUCUACUCGACGCCGUGAUCUAUCCUCAAAGACCAGUGCAAGACAAUGGACUGGUUUACGUUACUCCUCAUACUCAUCUCGAUCUCGCUCUCCGCGGCCGCAACCUCGCCGGCGCCGGCGAAAUCAUCAUUAAACCCAUUCACCGAAAAGGCUGCACUGCUUCGUUACUGGAACCGAAAAAUCCCCAACUCUUCUCCCUACCCAGCGUUCCUCGUCUCCAAGCUCACGCCCCUCUCCAUCUCCAACGCCGCCAAGUUCUCCACUAUUGCUGCGUCCGACCCCUUCAAACUCUCUUCCACCCUCCCGACAUUCUGUUCCGCCGCCGCCCUCCUCUGCACCGCCGAACUAACUCCAUCCCUCGCUUCCCAUCCCGGCGACUCUGCCUUCUCUACCUACGACAACAGUAAUUUUACCAACUACGGCACCGAAGCCGGCGGUCGGGUCUCUGCCUUCAAAAAUUACUUCGGGAAUGAGACGCCCUUAAGUACAUUCCGCCGCUACGGUCACAGCUCCGGCGGCCACAACGACACCUUCGCCGCCUACGGCCCCAGAGGCAACAUCGUUGGCGCUAACUUCACUUCAUAUGGAACUAGUUCGGCCGGAUCACUCGAUAAAUUCAACUCAUAUAGCAAUUCCUCGAACAUCCCUGUUCUAGGAUUCAACAACUACGCCACCGAAGGCACCGGAACUCAAGAAAAAUUCAAACAUUACUCUGACGAUUCCAACGUUGGUCAGCAACUCUUCUCCGGUUACGGAAAGCGCGGAGAAGGUGCAACAUUGGACUUCAACUCUUAUGCCAAUAAAUAUUCCAAUAUAAUCGAAAGUGGUUUCUCCAAUUACGGCGAAAAUGGUAGUGUCACAGAUAUCUUCAAAUCCUAUUCCGAAAAUUCCAACAUCCCCGACAAUCAUUUCCGAUCGUACGGCUCCGGCUCGUUGGCCGGAAUCGAGAAAUUCAACACCUACCGCGAACAAUCCAACAUCGGCGAUGAUUCCUUUGCUUCCUAUCAUAAAGACGCCAACUACGGCUCAGUAGAAUUCACUAAUUAUGGUAAUGAAAGUUCCGGCUCCGAUGCCUUUAAGGGUUAUGGCGAGGGUUCCACUAAUGGUCAAAUCACAUUCAAAUCCUACUUCGAGGAUAACACAACAUUCAAAUCCUACGCCAAAACAGGGAUCGAUUUCAAAUCUUACCAUAAUUCCUCCACCGCCCAAAUCCACACGGCGUCGAAGCAUCCCGGGUUAAAACAGUGGGUCGAUCCUGGUAAGUUCUUCAGGGAAAGCAGCCUCAAAAAGGGGACGGUAAUGCCGAUGCCGGAUAUUCACGACCGGACUCCGCCGCGUUCGUUCCUUCCUCGUUCGAUCGCCGGAAACAUCCCGUUAUCAGCCUCCGCUGUAUCGGAAAUCUUCAAGUUUCCUCCGGGAACCACCAUGGAGAAGGCAGUGGCUUCAACGGUGGCGGACUGCGAGCGUUCGCCGAGCCGCGGGGAGACAAAGCGGUGUGCAACUUCCGCCGAGGACAUGAUCGACUUCGCCGUCUCCGUGCUCGGCAGCGACGUCGAAGUAAGAUCCACCGCGAACACGAACGGCUCUCAGGGGAAUAUCCUCAUCGGUGACGUGAAGGGAUUAAAUGGAGGUAACGUUACCCAAUCAGUGAGCUGUCACCAAAGCUUGUUCCCGUACCUGGUCUAUUAUUGCCAUUCUGUCCCACGUGUGCGCGUUUACGAGGCUGAAAUCCUGGCCGUUGAUAGCGGGGAGAAGAUCAAUCAUGGUACUGCCAUCUGUCAUAUUGACACGUCGGAUUGGAGCCCUACGCACGGGGCCUUUGUUGCGCUGGGGCCCGGGCCGGGGAAGAUCGAGGUGUGCCAUUGGAUCUUUGAGGGGGACAUGACGUGGACGGUUCGUGAUCGUGUUUGACCAAGUGGGCCGGCUUGUUAUCCUAAUGGAUCUGUCAGUAAUCCCGUUUCCUGUUAUGGUUUGCUGCUGACUCGCGGGCAGAGCGGGGCAACUCUUAUUUUAUAUGCCGUUUAAUAAUUAAAAAUCUGUGGAGAUUUGGAUGUAGUUCAAAAUAAUGUGAUUUUUUUU